ACCACUCCGCUGGUAGGAUCACCCAGAGACUCGGUCGACCGGAAGGGCAUCGCCGUUUGUUCUUUUGUGCCAGGUGAGUGCCUGGAACAAUUGGCCAUGGCGCCCGAGCCGGCAGCGCGCAUCCACAUCCCGCAUCUCGCACCCAGAUGGGCAUGCAUGACGAGACAGAACCCAGAGGUGGCAGUGGAAGAAGUAACAGUCUCAUCAGUUCUCAUGCAAUGCAAGGCCCGGCCGGCGGUUUCGGACCAGAAAUUGGACAUGCCACAUUUGUGGCACCGCAGAAAAGCACAGCGUCAAAAAACAGAACAUCGGCUCUUUCAGGGAGAUCUCAUGCUCACAAGGCGUGUGUCAUGUGCGUUGGUCCUGAUGCUGGAUCACGCCCUUCCCUAUUUCUUUCCCUCCUGGAUCCGCCAUCAUCUUCAAAAGACAUGGUGGCAUGUGCAUUUGGGUUCUUCCAUACUCCACGUCUUACAAACAAACAGUGGUCCUCCUCCCGUGCACCUUUGUGCAUUCAAGACACCAACUGAUGCAGCUUUUGAUAAGUCUCAUGUCGCGCCUCGUAACCGUCCCUCGUGUACGCAAAACAGCGAGGGAUUGUCUGCCUUGGAAGAGGAUCUCGUGCCAUUACUAUCGAAGCCUAUCAUGCCGUCACCACGAACUGGUGUGCGAGUUGUGAUACGGGCAAUCUGUACAAUACGGUAGAUCUCCUUUGGCCACCUUGAUGUUGCCUGCUCCAAGUUGAGCAGACCUCAUUCACGCUCACAAGGCAGACGGGAUGCUCCCUACACCACACAGAGUCAAGGCCGUCCUGUGGAGAUCUCACCAGAGGAUUGAAGCUUGAAAAGAGGCAACUCCCGCACGCGAUGCUCUCGGGUAUGUUUACUAGAGUCAUAACUUGUCCUCGGAAU